GGUUUUUGCGCCCGUCCCGGCUCGGGUCAGCCAUAAAAGCAGCGGGCCGCGUGCUGCGCUCCAACACGCUCACUGCAUCCUCCUCCUGCUCCAAGUCUCUGAGUUCUCAACACCGCUCCACUUCGCCAUGGACCGCAACUGCUCCUGCGGCGCGGGUGGACCCUGCACCUGUACCGGAUCCUGCAAAUGCAAAGAGUGCAAAUGCACCUGCUGCAAAAAGAGCUGCUGCUCCUGCUGCCCUGUGGGCUGUGCCAAGUGUGCCCAGGGAUGUAUCUGCAAAGGGGCAUCGGACAAGUGCAGCUGCUGUGCGUGACCACCGAGCCUGUCUGCUCCCAGGUGUAAAUAAACAGAAUGCUAUGUACAACCCUUCAUUUAAAAAAAACAAAAAACUUGACGUUUGCUAUGCUCCUUUUUCUAUGAUGUGAAAGACAAUAAAAGUUCUUUACUUUA